AUGAGGUCAUUACAAAGGGGAACAGAGUCGCGUAGGCCACGGCGUGGUGUCAGGAAUCCAUUUAGAUCUAAGGAGUUUCUUGAAGAGAUGGACUUAAAAUGGGAAAUCGUUCGCGAAGUAUACCACAGUUUCUAUGAUUCGGAAUAUGCUAAGAUCUACGAAGCGUCAAAGAAACAAAAUCGGAAACAGUCCAUGGUAGAUAGUGUAACGUCAUCCAACAGUUUGGAGGAGAAGAAUUUUCCUAAAAGACGUGAGAGUACUUUAAGGAAUGUACAACCAGUUCUUUCCCCAGUAGUUGAAACCAAAACACCAUCAAGCUUAUCCUCUAUUACUCAACCACCUUCAAGAGAGCUAACAGAUUUAGGAGAAGUAGUUGCAACAAAAGACUAUUCAGAUGAUCUCAAAAAACGUACUUCAGCAAAUCAUUCCUCAUCGUCAUUGGCACCUGACCGUGUUGGUCUAAUCAAUAGUGAGGAUAGGCAGCAAAUAGAGGAUAAACCCGAGUUUGGAAUACGCCACGACAAAGAGACAUCUUGGAUAAUUCAAACACCAAGUCUUACGUCAGUGAUUGAGGAUUCAUUAGAUACAAAGGACGAUGUUGGUCCCUUUCAGAAGAAAAAACCAUCGCCUUUAAAAAGAUUCAAGAAAGCUGUUCGAAUAGUAAUAAUUAUUACUAAAUGUGUUAUGUCCAAUCGGGAACGAUCGAAAAGAACUGAGAGAAAAUUACUGUCCUGGACACAAGUACACGAUGAUCUCACCUCACAUCGGACAGCUUAUGAAAGAUAUGGUUUAACGUUUGACCCUACAAUAUUUAAAGUUACAAGAGAGGCUCAAAUAAGCAAUGAAGUUAAAGCGACCCUGAAAAACGACCCGUCAUUAAGGACGGAAGAACAGAGAAGAAUAGCCCUCCUAUAUCUCAAUACAUAUAUUGAAGUUUUUGGGGAGUAUCCAGUGAAUAUGCAGAAAGCUUUGGUGAAAGUCGGAUGGUAUGAAUUCUUCGAUGCUAAAAGAAUUGUCAUAAGAGAAGGACAUUUUUCUGAAAAUUUCUACCUCAUACUCUCAGGCUCAGCCGUUGUAACUAUCUUGGAUAAAGAUGUUAAAACAGGAGAAGUCUACUCUAGGACGGUGGCUCUGUUGAAGAAAGGUAACAGUUUUGGGGAAAUUGGUUUGAUGCGAGGAUCUAAACGUACCGGCACAGUAACAUGUCGAGAGGAUAUGGAAGUUCUUACAGUCGGACGUCAAGAUUUCAUUGAUAUAUUUAUGUAUAUUGAACACGAUAAGGAACCUAGUCAUAUAGAGUACCUCAGAACUAUUGAUGAAUUAGAUGGUUGGCCCAUAGAAAAUCUACCCUAUGAUGAUCCUAGAAUAUGUUUAUUUACCUACUUUAGACGAGGUGUUCUCUUGUGUAAAGAUAGCAAUACGUCAGAUUGGAUCUACAUCAUUAGAACUGGUUCGUGCCGGGUGUUAAAAUCAUUAAAAUCUACCAAACCAAAUAUACCAUUUCUCAGUCUUCAUAAUUCUAAAUUAAACUUGAGUAAAGGUAAUCUGGCAUCGAAAUCUCUGCAAAUUCGCAAUUCUGGAUGUCAAUGGCGCCACGAAGUUCCAAGGUCACCAUUUAAUGCCAAGCCAGUUCUACCAAACAUCAACAUCGGCAAGUCUCAAGAUUUCCUACAAGAAAGUAGGAUUGAUGGUGAGAAUACAGUACGGCAUAUCAAUGAGCUGAACAGUAUCACAAGUGGAGCCGAAGAUUUAAAUUCUUGUUUACCAAAAGAAGAGUCGUUACCAAUAACGCCUCACGAUAUCACAUUUGUAGAAAUUCAGAAAUUGGGACCAAGAGAUAUCUUUGGUUUAGAAAAUGUUCUGUUUGGAAGUAUGAGGCCUACCACCAGUUCUAGUCUAGUAUCAGAAGGAACAGAAUGUAUUUUGAUCAGUAAAAAAUUCUUCACCAGUCAUUUAUCAGAAGCUGUAACUAAAAUCAUGAGGAGGAAGAUUCGUCCAUUACCUCCCAAAUCAGUGUUACAGAAAAAUCUUCAGAUAAAAACCAAUUGGGAGGCUUAUAAAGAUUUUACUGUAACUAAUACGCUCUUACAAAGACACCAACUUCGUCAUUAAC